AGGGCAUUCAUUUCCUCCUACGGUGGAUGCGGACGCCGGGAGGAGGAGAGCCCGGGAGCGAGGAGCGGCGAGCCGAGGCACAGAGAACACGUAGCGACUCCGAAGAUCAGCCCCAAUGAACAUGUCAGUGUUGACUUUACAAGAAUAUGAAUUCGAAAAGCAGUUCAACGAGAAUGAAGCCAUCCAAUGGAUGCAGGAAAACUGGAAGAAAUCGUUCCUGUUUUCCGCCCUGUACGCUGCCUUUAUCUUCGGUGGUCGGCACCUAAUGAACAAGCGGGCCAAGUUUGAGCUGAGGAAGCCGUUAGUGCUCUGGUCUCUGACCCUUGCUGUCUUCAGUAUAUUUGGUGCUCUUCGAACUGGUGCUUAUAUGGUGUACAUUCUGAUGACCAAAGGCCUGAAGCAGUCCGUGUGUGACCAGAGUUUUUACAAUGGACCUGUCAGCAAAUUCUGGGCUUAUGCCUUCGUGCUAAGCAAAGCACCAGAACUAGGAGACACGAUAUUCAUUAUCCUGAGGAAGCAGAAGCUCAUCUUCCUGCACUGGUACCACCACAUCACUGUGCUCCUGUACUCCUGGUACUCCUACAAGGACAUGGUCGCCGGGGGUGGCUGGUUCAUGACCAUGAACUACGGCGUGCACGCCGUGAUGUACUCUUACUAUGCCCUGCGAGCAGCCGGGUUCCGGGUCUCUCGGAAGUUUGCCAUGUUCAUCACCUUGUCCCAGAUCACUCAGAUGCUGAUGGGCUGCGUCAUUAACUACCUGGUCUUCUACUGGAUGCAGCAUGACCAGUGUCACUCUCACUUUCAGAACAUCUUCUGGUCCUCACUCAUGUACCUCAGCUACCUUGUGCUCUUCUGCCACUUCUUCUUUGAGGCCUACAUCGGCAAGAUGAGGAAAACAGCGAAGACGGAAUAGUGUUGGGACUGAGGAGGAAGCCACAGCUCAGGGUCAUCAAGAAAAACAACAGACAAGAGAAAAUGGCACAAGGACUCACAUGGUGCAGCUAACACACACACAACACAUGAGCAAACACAAAGCCCACGGCAGCGUAGGGAUGAUUAGGUUGACUUAACCCAGUAAGUUUAUGAUCCUUUUUGGGUGAGGACUCACUGAGGGCACCUCCAUCUCAAAGGAUUGCUGCUGGAGGACCUCAUUCCCUCUUCAUCUGUCAACUCUAGGACAAUUGAGAACAAAAGUGAGCCAGAGGCGGAAAGAGAAACAGCAGGCAGACAAAGGCUAAUUUAACACUAUAUGAAAAAAAAUGUAUUUACUAAGUGUUAUAUUUCUCUAAGGAUGAAAGAAGUUUACUUAAAAAACUGUGCGAGCACAUACCCACACAAUCCUUUCUCACCUUUUUCGACACUAAACUGGAGCCAGCGUAAUAGAUAAAAAUGGAAGAGACACAGGGUGUGUAUCCAGAACAACGAUGCUUUUGCAAAAAUUAAAGCCUUUUUAAGAAAGGCUAGUAGAUGUAGCCCCCAUGAGAAAAGAUGCCUUAAUCUUUUAAGAUUAAGAAAACAGAUGUAAACAACUCUAUUUCGACCAAGAGAAAGACUGGUGUUUUUCUCUCCACAGCACAGCCUCGGGCUAGUGAUUUUGCCAAAACCAGACGGGCACAAUGUUUUUCCGAGGUCCUUCCCAGGAGGAUGGAAGCCAUGCAGCCCACUUCCUACAGGGGCAGCUCCACCUCAGAGCAUUUCUGAUAGAUUAGCUGUAGUUUCUACACUUAAGUGAGAUACGGAGCAUUAUCCUUGGUUCCGAGGCCCUUAGGCUUUUGAAAAGAAGAGUAAAUACAGACUAGAAAAGACAAAAGUCAACCAAAUGGCUUGAAAUUGGGUUCUGACCUACCUGUAAAAGGGUUCAGCCCAGUACCAUUCUUAAGCUGGGAAAGGGAAAAAGGAAGGGAAGAGAAGUCAGCGGAAAAUCAAGGCAACAGACAGACAAUAUGUACGCCCACCCCAUUUGACUUCACACAUUCUCAUAACUUUCCAAAUGAAACCCUGUGGUACAGUCCAUAUUUUCUAUAUUUUUGUGAAUUUCAAAGGAAUCUGCAGGGCUUCUCCCGAUAAUGGGUGAACACUGUGUUUCUGCAUCUUCUGCAUUUGCUCCCUAGCAGUGCAGAGGUGUGUAAAGUGCCCUCUGCUGGCCAAGUGGAGAUACUUCAACAAACACGCUCAACGGCAAGUUUGGCUGAACAGUUGACCACAAAAGGCCCCCUCUAGACUUAUCCUUCAAAUUUUAAGUGAUAUAAAAUACUCGUCAUAUUUUUGGCCAAAUCAGAAGACAUUCUUCCUGCUUCGAGUGAGCUUCAGAAAUUUUUUAAAAGGGACUUUCGCUCUGGAACUCAGAAAAUCAACUUACUAAGAGCCAUAUUCUUUAAAGAAAUAAAAAGAAAGCUAGAUAAUAUAAUAGUACCUGUAAUAUUUCAGUCCUUUACAAGCCAAAUAAAUGUGUAAAUGUUCCUAGUAUUUCAAAGAAGCGAUUACAUAAAGUUGUUCAAUGUGAUAUAAUAGUAUUCUAAUUGGUUAAGUAGCUUAAGGAUUAGACAAACUAGGUGAUAAGAUUAGGAGCUACCACCCUGCAUAGAUUCUACACACAGAACUACACACGUAUGCACACCGACGUGGGGUGCACCCAAUUUCAAAGCCCAAAUGAAUAGAAACACGUUUUCUGGCUAGCAGAUAAAGAAACUGUCGUUUAUCCUUCUUGCUUUAUUUGAGAGUGUACAGUAAAAGGGAUUUUUCAAAUUAUUUUUAUAUUAUUUUAGCUUUAAUUGUGCUGUCAUUCAUGAAACAGAGCUGCUCUGCUUCUCUGUCAGAGAUGACAAGGGCUUUCUCAGCAUCUCGUCUAUGUGUGAAUUUAAAAGAAUAAAGUUUUACUCCAUUCUGUGUGAA